GUAAGCGAUACGAACAGUUCGUGAGCCACUCUGGUGGAACUGAAGUGAAUUYGACGAUUAAAAGUAUUUUUGUGAAUUUUUUACAUCUUCGAGAUUUGGAUUUAUUGACAGAAUGCUGGAUAAUAAGUUGAUGAUUUUUAGAAAACAAUAUCGCAUGCAAAUAUUAAGCGCACUCACGGUUCAAAUUAUCAUCUUCGCACAUGGUUUUAGCACGGGAUGUAUGUCACCGAUAGUAGAAAUUAUACAAUCACCUAAAACACCGUUAAGUUUUUCUGUUACUCCUGAAGAGAUUUCCUGGAUUAGCUCGAUGUUUGGUUUUGGCUUCUUAGCUGGCACCAUUCUGUUUGCAGUAACUAUAAAUCGCUUUCGACGCAAAUUUAAUUUGUAUAUUCUGCCUCUUCCACAUAUGCUUUUCUGGAUACUGGCCUACUUUGUUGAAAAUAUCGACUAUCUAUAUGCAGGACGUUUCCUCGCUGGUGUCACUGGCGGCGGGCUGUUCCUGAUCACACCGAUUUUUCAGAGCGAAAUUUUAAACAAAAACAUCCGGGGCGCUAUUAUGUCCUCGGGAAUGUUGUUCCUCAGUGGUGGAAUUGUAACGGGUUUUGUACUUCCAUCUCUACUGAACUAUCAUGUAAUACCUUGUAUCGGGUUGCUUUUUCCAAGUGUGUUUCUAAUAGCUCUAUGUUUUUUUCCGGAAACACCACAAAGCCUUUUAAAAAGCAAUAAUAUUCUAGAAGCCAAAGCAGCUUUUGACUUUUAUAACGGCUUAGGAAGUGAGAAAAAUUCGCUCAGCUAUAGUUUGAAAGCGUCGGAAACGGUGCAAGGUGAAUUUGAAAAGCUAAGUAGGAAUAUUUUGAACGGUGACUCCAGCCAACCUAUCACUAUAGAUGACUUUCUCACAAAAUCUGCACUCAAGGCGUUUGCUAACGGCGCUGUGCUGUCCAUUCUUUAUCAGUUGUCGGGCUGUUUCGCAUCUCUCAACUAUAUGACUUCGAUAUUUAACGCAUCUGGUUCGGUAAUGGAUCCAUACUUCUGUACAAAUAUAGUUGGCAUCACGCAUAUUAUCGGUUGUUGUGUUGCCACACUAUUAGUAGAGCAUCUUGGUAGAAGAGCGGUGUUAUUUUUGUCGACAAUAGGCAUGUCUGUCGGUAUGUUUAUCUUUGGCACCUUCAUUCAGCUCGCAGACAACAAGACGUUGGAAGUGUAUUAUUGGGCGCCACUUGUCUUAAUGAUGAUUGUGGUCUUCUUUACAGCAAGUGGACUUUUUGGUACUACUUCGGUUAUUCUGGUUGAAAUUAUGCCGAUCAAAAUUCGCACUCUAGUACUACCAAUGGCAAUGACUAUAUUCAGUUUGCUAGUAUUCAUUAUGCUGAAAAUAUAUCCAUAUUUCCUAUUUGAACUGGGAGUCUCCACUACCAUGUACAGCACAGCGACGGUAUGUGUGGUUACCACCAUAUAUUUGUACAUAUUUUUACCGGAAACGAAAGGAAAAUCCAUGGAAGCAGAAUAGGAAAUAAUUUCCWUAAAUUUUGUACAUAGUCAACUAUUUGCCUUGCACUAAAUAGUAUAGUUUUGUAGUU